ACAUCAUCAUCUUCUUCUUCGUUUUCAAUUUUUAAAUAUAAAAAAAAAAACACCGUUUCUAUAACUGCAGUCUUUUUUUCACCAUCAUCAUCAUCAUCAUCACCUCAUUACACAUUUUUUCUUCAGAUUCAGAUUUCACUUUUUUCAAUUUUUAUUUUUUACUAUAAAUAUUAAAUAAUUACACACUCUCCCCUUAUCUCUAUAUAUACAGCGCACCACCACCGUUUCUCAUUGCCUCUCUCUAUCUUCUCCUCUUCAUCGGACGGCUACGAUCUCCUUCUGUUCUCUUGCUUCCACUCCAUCCUACGGCUGUUACUUUCCGUUACGUAACUGAUACACUUACGUUUUUAUUCGGAUUAAGAUUAACUUCCCGUUUCUAGACCACCUUUUGCUCACAAAAACAAGAUCAGUUCACUGUUUUACUCAAUACGUCGCCGUUUUUCCUCGUCUUCUCCUAGCUGUCUCCCAGUCUCCCACCGAAGUCAUUGUUUUCAGGAGUUUGCAUUAAUUUAAGGGAGGGACGUUAUGGAGCCUAAUGGUCACAGGAGAACAAGGAGAAGAGAUCAUCUUGUUCAACAAAAUGGUGAUAUGAUGUUAGAAAGUGUUGGUGAUGUAGAUCCAUGGACAGCAUGGGCAUACAAGCCUCGUACAAUUACAUUGUUGCUUAUUGGUGCAUGCUUUCUUAUUUGGGCAAGUGGCGCACUUGAUCCUGAAGGCGCAUCUGGUGACAUGGUGACAUCUGUGAAACGGGGUGUAUGGGCAAUGAUUGCAGUUUUUCUUGCUUAUUGCUUGCUGCAGGCACCUUCAACAGUUCUUAUAAGGCCACAUCCAGCAAUUUGGCGAUUAGUUCAUGGACUGGCUGUUGUGUAUCUCGUUUCCCUCACAUUUUUACUUUUUCAGAAGCGUGAUGAUGCUCGACAGUUCAUGAAGUUUCUCCACCCAGAUCUUGGAGUUGAACUUCCUGAGAGAUCAUAUGGAGCAGAUUGUCGCAUUUACAUGCCUGAUAGCCCGACAGGCAGGUUCAAAAAUGUUUAUGACACACUGUUUGAUGAAUUUGUUGUAGCUCAUAUAUUUGGAUGGUGGGGCAAGGCUAUAUUAAUCCGUAAUCAGCCUCUUCUCUGGGUUUUAUCUAUUGGGUUUGAAUUCUUGGAGUAUACUUUCCGUCAUAUGCUGCCAAACUUCAAUGAGUGCUGGUGGGACAGUAUCAUUCUUGAUAUUUUGAUAUGCAAUUGGUUUGGUAUCUGGGCAGGAAUGAACACUGUGAGGUACUUUGAUGGGAAAACAUACGAGUGGGUUGGAAUCAGUCGCCAACCAAAUAUUAUUGGCAAGGUUAAGCGAACAUUAGGACAGUUUACACCAGCACAGUGGGAUAAAGAUGAGUGGCACCCCUUGCUUGGUCCAUGGCGAUUUAUCCAAGUUCUCACUCUUUGCUUAGUAUUCCUGACAGUAGAGCUUAACACAUUUUUUCUCAAGUUUAGUCUUUGGAUUCCUCCUCGAAACCCUGUGAUAAUUUAUAGGUUGAUCUUGUGGUGGCUAAUUGCCAUACCAACAAUUCGCGAAUACAAUUCAUAUCUUCAAGACAGAAAACCGGUGAAAAAGGUUGGAUCUUUUUGCUGGCUUUCAGUUGCUAUUUGCAUCGUUGAGCUUCUAAUUUGUAUAAAAUUUGGAAAUGGUCUAUAUCCUAAACCAAUGCCUGUAUGGUUGGUUAUCUUCUGGGCAUCUCUUGGAAUUGCCCUUCUGCUAUUUAUCAUUAUUUGGUCAUGGCAACUGCAUCUAAGGUUGAGGAGAAAGAGGCAAUAAAUAUAUUAUGGCAAGAGGCAACAUAUAUAUGGCUAGCAUGGUACACCAUUCUUUGAUUCUAUUGUGUUCUUUUGAGUCUCCAUAAUUGUUGUAAAUACCCUAUUAUUAUUUCCCAGAAUUGUAAAUGCUUAUUCUCUUAUAGGUUUGUGGAUCACAGUUGCGUAAUUAGAGUGUGUUGGGUAAUUAGAGAGUGUUCAAUUCUUUUUUUUCUUCCCUUCAAUUAGAUUAAGAAACUAACAUUUACUCAUAAGUUGCUAAUUUGUCACUUAAUGAAUCGGCAAAUAUGGCUGAUUAUCUGUCCGCUGUCUAAUUUUUUA